AGAAAAUGUGGAAGCUAAAGAUAGCAGAAGGGGAAGGGCCAUGGCUAAAGACCACCAACAAUUACAUUGGAAGACAAUAUUGGGAAUUUGAUUCAGAAGCUGGAACUCCUGAAGAAAGAGCUUUAGUUGAGAAAGUGCGUCAAGAUUUCAAGAAUAACAGAUUCCUACAAAAACAAAGUGCUGACUUACUCAUGCGUAUGCAGCUAAGAAAAGAGAAUCCAUGUGUACCAAUUCCAGCAGCAGUUAAAUUAGAAGAAUCAGAAAAUAUAACAGAAGAAGCAGUGAAGACUACACUAAAAAGGUCCAUAAGCUACUACUCAACAAUUCAAGCAAAUGAUGGGCACUGGCCGGCUGAAUCUGCCGGCCCUUUGUUUUUCCUUCCCCCUCUGGUCAUGGCAUUGUAUGUCACGGGAGACAUGAAUGCGGUUUUAUCACCAGCUCAUCAAAUAGAGAUUAAACGCUACACUUACAAUCACCAGAACGAAGAUGGAGGGUGGGGAUUUCAUAUAGAAGGACAUAGCACUAUGUUUGGGACAGUAUUUAACUACAUAGCACUAAGGUUGCUAGGAGAAGAUGGUGAAGACAAAGCAUUGGCUAAAGGACGUAAAUGGAUUCUUGAUCAUGGUGCUGCUGUUGCUACUCCUUCUUGGGGAAAGUUUUGGCUCGCGGUGCUAGGAGUAUAUGAGUGGGAUGGUUGCAACCCAAUGCCACCAGAAUUUUGGCUACUGCCUACAUUAUUUCCUAUUCAUCCAGGUAAAAUGUUGUGUUAUGGUCGUUUGGUGUACAUGCCCAUGUCGUAUUUAUAUGGAAAGAGAUUUGUGGGAACCAUCACUAGUUUGGUACAGUCCAUAAGAGAUGAGAUUCAUAAUCAACCUUACUAUGAAAUUGACUGGAAUAAAGCAAGGAAUACAUGUGCUAAGGAGGAUCUUUACUAUCCACAUCCACUUAUACAAGAUACACUUUGGGGAUUCCUGCAUCACUUUGCCGAGCCAGUUCUAAAGAGAUGGCCGUUUACUAAAUUAAGAGAAAAGGCUUUGAAUCUUGCCAUGGAACAUAUUCGCUACGAAGAUGAAAAUAGCAGAUACAUUUGCAUUGGUUGUGUGGAAAAGGUACUAUGUCUAAUUGCUUGUUGGGUGGAAGAUCCAAAUUCAGAAGCAUAUAAACGCCACAUUGCUCGCUUACCAGAUUACUAUUGGAUAUCUGAAGAUGGUUUAAAAUUUCAGUCCUUUGGUUGUCAAACGUGGGAUGCAGUUUUUUCAAUCCAAGCAAUCUUAUCAAGUGAUCUGGCUGCAGAAUUUGGACCAACCCUCAAGAAAGCAAAUGAUUUUCUAAAAGCAUCACAGGUUCAUCAUAAAAAACUCAAUCUUACCUUUUUUCUUUUUUUUUUUAUAACCGUGAUGGUAAAGUUACGGGUUCGAGCCGUGGAAACAGCCUCUUGCGAUAAAAUAUAUAAGUACAGGACAGGUUGUUGGGGAAUUUGCUAUACAUAUGGAACAUGGUUUGCAGUAGAUGGAUUAAUAGCUUGUGGAAGAACAUAUCCAACUUGUCAUGCCCUUCAAAAGGCCUGUAAAUUUUUGUUGUCAAAGCAAUUGCCAGAUGGUGGAUGGGGUGAGAGUUAUCUUUCAAAUUCAAACAAGGUUUAUACGAACAUUAAAGGCGACCAGUCAAAUUUGGUACAAACUUCAUGGGCGUUGUUAUCUCUUAUUAACGCUGGACAGGCAGAAAUUGAUCCAACACCAAUACAUCGUGGAAUAGGAUUGUUAAUAAAUUCACAAAUGGAAGAUGGUGACUAUCCACAACAGGGAAUAACUGGGGCAUUUAUGAAAAACUGUACCUUGAACUAUGCAUCAUACAGAAAUAUCUUCCCAAUAUGGGCUCUUGGUGAAUAUCGCAAACGCUUUCUAAUGAAACUGAAGUAGAAUCCGUGGACUUCAUUUUCAUUUAAUGAAUCUUGAGCCUAGGGUCUAUUAAUUGGGGUAAUAUCUGCAUACACACUAUUCUCUUCAGACACCAUUUAUGGGAUCACACUCGGUAUGUUGUUCAGUGGUGGAGCCACAUGCUCCCAAGGGGUGUCAACCGACACCCCUUCGUCGGAAAAUUCUACUAUUUAGUUCGGUAAUUUUUUUUAAACUAUGUAUGUAUAUUAUAUAAUGACACCUCUUGACUUCUUGGUGAGUUAUUUCUUUAUAUUUUGACUGCCCUUAAUAAAAAUCUUGGCUCCGCCACUGAUAUUGUUGUUGUUGAAGCAUGUAUACUAAGUAUAUGUAGUUCUACUUAUUUUGUGGGAAAGAGGAGGCCAAGCAAGUGGCGUACGUGUUGUAAUCCUCCUUUUUCUGAUUUAAGUUGUAAACGUAUUCGCAACAUUCCCAAUAUAAUAGAAA